UAUAAGGAAGUAAGACGGACCUGCCAGUCCAGCUACGCAAUGUAAUUGUAGUGCGUACAGAUUUACAACAUCAAUGUAGAUAAGCAUAUACUAUGAUCUGUUUUUACAAUUUCGUGAGGAAAAGUGUUCGUGACUAAAGCGGCAUCCAUCGUUUAUUUAUCGUUUAUUGCAAAAGUAGACAGCUGUCAUUCCUCCGUCAAGACCGUCUUGUGCUGGGUAUUCUCCUGUGCUCCGCUCUUAUGGUAGCCGUUUGCGGUCAAAUAUGCCGAAAAAUUGGCGAUGAAUUUAGCUGCACAUGCAAAACAGCCGCGCAGUGCGAUUUUCCCCAUUCCAUCAACGUGGACGGCAUUCCCGCAACGGUCAAGCAGUUGGUCUACAACUGUUCGCAGACGGAAAGGAUACUCCAUGACCACCGUCCCAUCAACCGAUCAGCUAUUGUCUACUGCAAUCUACUGCGAAACAAUCACGACAGUAUUUUCUAUAGACAACAUUUAACCGAGGUUUCGCUGUACAGGUUCGCUGGAGAAGCCAAUCAAAGGGCGCCUUUCGGAAAGUUUCUACGCAAUGUAGAGACUGACCUUGAUUAUGUGACCAUUCGAUUCUCCAGAACUGGCCGUUUGGAUGCCGGCUGUUUCCAUCCGUUCCUAAAGUUAAAAAAUUUGGUCUUGUCGGAUAACGAUAUUUAUGACAUAUCAGCCGACACGUUUCAGUCUGUGCAAAUGGUUAAUUCACCCCAGUUGUUUCGCUCUGGUAAACUGGAUCUGGAUAGGAAUGCUCUACAAGAGCUUGAUUGGAUUGUAUUUAAACCUCUCAAACAGUGGCUGGACUAUCCCAUCGCAAUCAACCAUUCAAGGCACCAAGAGGCUACAAGUGGACGCCGGCGAUGGGCUGCCCCUUCAUGGACUUGUUGAUGGCUGCAACUACUUGGGCCUUGGUGAAAUGCGAUUUCGCUUCUUCCUUAAGGAAGAAGAUGCCUUCGGUUUUGCUGUGGAACUGCUUAGCUGCAAGGCAACACACGUUACACCGAUGGUGAGGACUAGGAGGCUGAAAAUCUGAUACCCACUGGAAGCACUCGUUAUCUUGUCAUCGCAUAAUCACCAUCGAUCUUACUAACCGGUCAAAACAGACAACGGGAAUACAGUUUUAUAUGCACAACAAAAUAAAUUUUAUGCGCACUACGUUUAUGGUUUGGAGCAGUAGCUGCUGCGUAGCUGCUCAUGCGCCUCCUUGAUCGCUGUCACAGCGUCUUGACCACAUUUCCCGCCAAAUUCGACACCAUCCGCGCCACUGAUGCGUUCCACGGUUACUUUCAACUGCCUGAAAGGAGACCGGAUAGAAAUAGAGUCUAACUCCAUUGCUGAUGGAUUCACGGAACAAUAAAUUUAUUUAAAAUUAUGUGCGUAACUUGGUUUUAAUUAAACAGCCAGUUAAACCUUCUGUGCACUGCCCGCAACUUGUUGGGAACCUACUCGCAGAUAUUCUGAUGGGCAACGGACGCAUUUCCAUUCUCUUCAUGUGGAGCAUACGGUUUCAGAAAGCAGCAGGAGAAGAACUUGGACUGAUCUGGCGGAGAACAGUGUGUGACAGCGCGGAAGAAUUUCACCGGUCCUACGGUUGUGUUGGACAGGCCACCGGUGACAAUUAGCCACUCCGGUCCGUACCAUCCGCGUUUCCCAGCUCCACGCCCCGACUACAACAAAGCCCGUUAACAUGAAAAACAGCGUCAGCAGACGGUCUGUAUUGUUGGAGAUCCGCCUCGGAUACCGGCCACAUGGAGCUGUCAGCAGUAGGAGGCAGCAGGCGAUUAUGGUAGUCAGCGUCAUCACUCAUCACGGUGCAGUUCGUCGCAUUGUGACUGGAGUCCAUCGCAAGUUUCCCCAACGAUGGGCGGGGCCAGGAAAACGAAUAUGAUUAAUGCUGCGACGAUUGCCAGGUUCAUGUUGUGCUACAGAAAAUUUUAUCAAGCUGAAGAAUCUUAUGGGAAAUCGCACUUUCGAGCGUCUUGUUUAAAUUUUCCGGUCCGUGUGCUACAGCGGUCCAGGCCCAGGGACACUUUUCAACUGUCUUCGAGCAACUAACGCGGGACCAGAGAACGAUGCGUCUCCUGAUAAUAAUCCUCUUAAUACAGUCAACAAAAAGCCAAUGGAACACGGAACCAGGCGAUCCCGACGUUGCUCCUUAUGCCCCACAUCCUCUUUGCUACUUUACCGGGCCCAAAGAAUUAACGUGCAACCUUGCAGAUCUGCAUAUACCAGGGAACUUCAACUCGAGUGUUCUGUAUUCCAACACCAGCCGCAUUUAUCCUUUCGUUAACAACCUCAUUCUUGACUGUCCAACCAGCGCUAAUCGCACCUACUGCAACACCAUCGGUCCCAAUGCUACCGCCCUUUCUUCCAAGAUGUGGAUGUGGGAUAUGACGCUGAUUGGCUUCCAGGCGGAAGGAGGCGGCCGAGCGCCUAUCGACGUCCUAGUAGCAGAACUAGACAGUCUUCUCCAUCUGCAUGUACAUUAUUCGAAAAUCGGUACACUGGACCGACACUUUCUCCGACGUUUUGAUGCCCUUAGGGAACUGGACAUUCGCAACAAUGAUAUCAGCGCCAUUGAACUUAACGCUUUAGAACCGCUGUUGGAACUUAGCAAGCUGAAGUUGGGCGGAAAUGCUAUGCAGGCGUUUGACUGGAGUGUUCUGCAACCGGUGGCCAAAAAACUACGAUUACUGGAAGUCGAUGCGCAAACUCCGCCCCUGCAGACUCUGCGACGCAGCGGCCCCUUGUUUUCCUUAAAUAUUACAACAUUAUCUUUGAACCGCAACCGUUUACCUUCAGUUCCCAAAGAUAUCCUUGACAGUUUGGAUAUUGGGCAAUACGGUGACGUGACCUUCGAUAUCCGCCAGAAUCCAGUGUGUCCGGACAAGGCAGACUGUUCGUGCUGUGCCCUGAAGGGCCUGGCGAACUGGUUCGCUAAUCACAGUGCUAAUCCAGCUUCCCGCUGGAACAAUCCCGCUGGUGGUAAGAAGUGGACGAUGACUGUGCAGGCCACAUGCGGAACGAAUUGGAAUGCUGGCAGGCCGGAUGCAGUGAAAGAGUUUACGUUGUCCAAUCCGUUGCUGCCAAGCUCAUACGAGCCUUGCCAUUAAUAUGUCUUUCAACAAAUCUUGCCUGUAAAGAUAUACGGUACUUGAAUAAGCGAAGCAUGUUUAGGUUUCAACCGCUUUAUUGGGAACUUGAAGAAAACGUAUACUGACGCAGCAACAAAGCAAACGUUUCCCAUCCCAGAAAUACGUUUCAGUUUUAUGCGUUUACAUUUCUUGUCCAUUGCAUUUAAUUUCUCCACUUUGUAACAAG